GGCUGCCCGAAAAACGAGUCGCUGCCGCGGCGCAGAGCGCAUAGCUCGCCAGCAGGCUGCACCCAUCAAAACGAGCCAUGCGCCUCGCCGCAUUUGCCAUCCUGCACGCGGCGGCAGCCAAGAAGACCAAGCGGUGGUGCGGCGCCCAAGGACUAGAGCAGUACAAACGGGGCAUCGACCGGGACCAGCUGGAAGGCUGGGGCGUUCUGUUGCUCGGUGCACAUGCCACGACAAUACCGGAGAUCGCGCCACUUGCCGAGUCGAUGCGGUCGCGCCUCGGCACUCUCGUAAUGACUGCAGCGGAGAGGAAUGACGCCUGGGACGAGUUGUGUUCCAGAGACGGGGCGCACUGCUUCGUUGGGGACGUACCUCUCGUACCACAUAAAGCCGCAGCAGUCGUAGCCAUAGACCACUGGGAUUUCAGCAGAGAGUCGGGAAUGGCCUACGCUCGAAGACUGAGGGAGCUCAUGCACCCCGAAGGGAGGCUGCUCAUAGGGACGACGAACAACGCCACGUCUACAUUAUCACCGGAGAAGUGGUCCGACGCGUUGGACGCCGCGGGGUUUCCUUUCGUGUUCUUCGCCAAAGAUGGGUGCGACGACGCGAUCGCCGCGACCGUGCCGGGUACCGGGCCCUUGAUCCAGGCUGAACGUCGCAUGGAGAUUGUAGACGACGUGCUGACGCCUCCCUGUGAUGUCAUUGACGGUCGCAUUCUACGUACUAGAUUGAACGAGCGAGACGAGAGAGCUUCUUUAUAUGAGGGUGCUUACUUCGGCAAGGACCACGCCAUACGAGCCGUGCGCGUUGGUCCAUGGUGGAACGCGACACAAGAGGCUGUGGAGAGAGUCUGGCUGAAUUUGGAGGGCGUCCAAGCCACUGGUGAACCUUUCGCAGUGAUCCCCAAGUACUUCGCGACCUUCAACGAACACGUGGCGCGGUUGGUUCCUGCGAAUGCGACACGUGUUCUGGACGUCGGCUGCGGCGCCGGUUUGUUCCUGAAAAAACUUAAGGAAGAACGGCCCUCGUUAAUUAUUGAUGGCGUCGAGCCCGACCCGAUUGCCGCACUCGCGGCCAAAGAACAUUUAGAUAGCAUCACGCAUGGUAGUAUGCCGGAAAUAGCGAACAUUUUCUCAGAUGAUACCUACGACGCCAUCAUCCUAUCUGAUGUGUUGGAGCACCUGGUGCAUCCCGAUAAACUGUUAAGAGCGCUAUCACCAAAGUUAACGCGGGGCGGUGUCUUGUGUAUAUCGUUACCCAAUAUACGUUUCUGGCCCGAGUUCGUGCGGCCUUUACUAACGGGAGCAUGGGACUACGCGCCCCAUGGUGUGUUGGAUCGGACGCACCUCCGCUGGUUCACUUAUUCGUCGUUUAUGCGCCUCGCGGACGCUGCCGGGUUUAUAGAGGCGGCACCGCUACUCAGGAUGCACUACGGCGAAGACCAGAAGGCUCCUCGAAGUCUCUUGGAGGCUUUGGCGGCCGACGCCGGCAGUGACGCGGCGAAUUCCUUUUAUGACGAAUCCGACGUGCGCCAGUACUUGAUCACACUCAAGCGGCGCGACGAGCCGCCGCCACCACGACCCUACGACCCGGCCAUUUUGGAGGCGCGGCUGGCGGAGAUCGACAAGUGGCAGACGGACCAGCGCUGGACGGGGGCGUCGAGGGACUCGGAGAGCGAGUGGGUGAGCCCAACGGAUCAAGCGAAGCGCGUGGAACUUUAACCUUGUUGUUGUUUCUUUACCAGGACGACGACACGGCGAU